ACACGGAAAAUUAGCAUCUUCAUCUUCAAAAAAAGGAGAAAUUAUUGAUGAUUCUUACAUCAAACAACAAGCUCUAGUUGCAUCUAUGUUGUAUCAUCAUCACAUGCAAAAUGGUGAUCUUCCUAAUCUGGACCGUUCAAUUUCUGUUAAGCAUACUCCACCAUCAUCAAACAAACUGAAGAAGUUGCAAAAGAGAUCUUAUUCGGUUUCGGAUUCCCGCUCUAAGGCUUUGCAGCUCAUUCAUCAGGAUGUAGGAACUGAGGAGUCUGAUAAGAUGCAUUUUGUCCUAGUUCAUGGGGGUGGUUUUGGUGCAUGGUGUUGGUAUAAAAUCAUAGCCCUUUUGAAAGAAAGCAAACACGAAGUUGAAGCCAUAGAGCUUACUGGUUCUGGACUCAAUUCAUGUGACAUAAAUUGCAUCACAACUCUAGCAGAAUAUGCCAAACCUCUUACUGAUUUUCUAGCAAAGCUUGAAGAUGGUAACAAGGUGAUUUUGGUUGGACAUGAUUUUGGUGGAGCUUGUGUUUCAUAUGCAAUGGAAUUGUAUCCAGCAAAAGUAUCUAAAGCAAUUUUUGUUGCAGCAGCAAUGUUAAACAGUGGGCAGAGUGUUCUUGAUGUCUUCUCUCAAAAGUCGUGCUUAAAUGAUCUAAACCAGCGCGCUUGGAAGUUUUUGUAUGCAAAUGGGAAGAACCACCCACCAACUGCUAUUGAUUUAGACAAAUCAUUACUAGAAGACUUCUUAUUUAACAGAACAUCUACAAAGGAUAUCGCAUUAGCAUCAGUAUCAAUGAGGCAAGUCCCCUUUGCACCAUUAGCAGACAAGAUUUCCCUUUCUACAGAAAAUUAUGGUUCUAUCCCAAGAUUUUAUAUAAAAACAGAAGAAGAUUAUGCCAUUCCUCUCCCUCUUCAAGAGGCCAUGAUCAAAUCAAAUCAGCCAAAGCAAGUAUUUCAGUUGAAAGGCUCAGAUCAUUCACCAUUUUUCUCGAGGCCUCAAGCACUACACAGACUCUUAAUAGAAGUAUCAAAAAUCACAUUGGUGUAAAUACGACGGUCUACGAAAAUGAGAAAGAUAAUGGAUGCACAAUAUUUGGAUUGACGGUGCUGCACAUCUUACACGAUAAAAUGUUGAAAUUAUGUAUAUUAUACUGUUAAAUACGACCUAAAUAAUUCCCUCUUCCAAAAGGGACAGAACUACUAUA